AUGGCUUCUCUCAGCUUUUUUCCCUGUACAGGCCUCUCCGACCUUCCCUCCACCAGCGCUGCUCCGUUUCGUCGAAGGACGCUGACGAAGAAAUGCCCUUCCCGGUCACGCUGCGUGAGGGCUGCGGCUUCCCCCGCCCAGGAGAACGGAGAAAAGCCUGCUCAGGUCCCUCAGGAAAAGUCGGCCUCGUCUCCUCCCGCCACUCGUUCGAAGAAACCUGUCUACUCGAGUACGUAGGCUGGCUGCAUCUCUAGUACCACUUCGGCAGUUAAACCCCAAUAAUAUGUUCUCAUUCGGUGAAUUCUAAGAAUUUUUCAUUCACUUGAUCCCUUUUUCAAACCUGCUUCUGCGGGUAUUUUUUUGAACGGCUCUUUCAUUGUUUGAUCACAGUGAAGAAGGGACAGAUUGUGAGAGUGGACAAGGAGAAAUAUCUCAACAGUAUCAAUGUAAGCACGAGAAUCAAUGAGGAACCUUGUACUUAAUAUUUUCAUGUUACUAUAAACGACGAUAUGCUUGAGUUUUCUUCUUUCCUUUUAGGCGUUUUCGUAAAUGUGGGGGACCCGGACUUGUUAUUUCAUGAAAAACACAACUGACUCGGAAAAUUCAUUCAGAAAUCUUAAAAUUUACGCAAAAAUUAUCUUAGAUUUUAGGGAACCAGGUCGGUGAAUGGAGUAUCCAAAUCAUUUCUUCAAAUUUCUCCCAAUUUUGUGAAGUAGAGAACAUAUAGUUUGAAAAUUGAGGGCAUAUUAGUUUCUCACGUGUGAUUCUAUGCUUAACACACAGAAUAAGUGAAUAAUCAUCAGGGUGAAUUCUGAGAAUUCUUAGAGUUGGGAAUAUCUUUUGAGGAUGACAGCGCCAUGUCUGGCUACCUUUGAAGCAUCUGUAUGGCCUGUGGUCCUGAAAACCGAUAUCGUAAAGACUUGGGCUAUUUUCUCUGUGACUUUGUCAAACUAUCUUUUUUUUCUGUUAGACGCGAUUGAUUCCCCUCAAUGAACGAACCAAUUCAUGAGAAUCAUAAAGAGCUCUCAGAUGAAGCUAACAAAUGUGUCAACCUGAAUUUCAAGUGUUGAAGAGUCUGAUGUCUUCACAGACUGAUAGAGCGUGAAUUUUUUCUACAAGGGUUCUGUGUGUUCAUGGAUUCCCCACAUAGUUAUAAUAAAUGGGGGAAUGUUAACUUUCAAAGAAUCCUUCCUAGGCAAGAAAAACUCACUUCAUUCCGAGAAGAGUGGUCAGUAUACUCAUUACCAUAAACCAGUUUUGAGUCACCAAAUGACCGGGUGAUAUGGCAAUGCUGGAUGCAAACCUCAUUAUUUCUCCAUGGUUGCCACGCUGUCAUCGAAAAUGUGGUCGAUAUUGGACAAAUCUCACCCCAACGAUCAGCCAAGGAUCUGAAUUGCAUAUGUUUUCUUUUGCUGCCAGGUUCUGCAUCGUCCUAAUAUCUUGAUGCUUCAACCAAAGCAUAAACCUUGGAUGAAACUGAGUAAAUGAGAGCAAAGAGAGAAUGAGUUGAUAUAAUAGAGUUGAUAUCUCAUGUUUUAUUUAUUCUUGUACCCAAGUCUAGAAUGAUCUGAUCACUGAUUAACAAGGGUAUAAAUGUAUUCAUUUCAGUAUUUGUCCGUUGGGCAUCCACCAUACUUCAAAGGCUUGGAUUAUAUAUAUGAAGACCGUGGUGAGGUGAUCAAUUCUAGAGGUCGAAUCCGUGAAGUGACAUGUGCAGAGAUUUAACAGUUAUUGUUCUCAAGAAAAAAUUAUAUGCAUGCUAUAUUGGCAUUUUCGUGGCAACAUUUUCGUCAAGUAUCAAUCUGUUGUCACAUUCUCCGCCUCAUGUAGUUUGUCUUCUUGUUGGCAACUAGGUACUGGACCUCAAAAUCUUUGAGACAGGGGAGUAUGCCCUCGUAAGUCUCCUUAUCUCUUUCUUUGUGUGUGUGUGUGUGUGUGUGUGUGUGUGUGUGUGUGUGUGUGUGUGUGUGUGUGUGUGUGUGUGUGUUCUUACCUAAUAUACGGCUCUGAUACGCUUCACCAUUGAAGGAUCUAGAUAACUAGGCAUUUUCCAUUAUUAUAGUAAUUUUCCGUUGAAUAACAGCUGAUUGUGCUCAACAGCAAAAAAUUAACUGUAACAAUGGAUAAGGAUGAAUCUUUGACAACUGGGUUUAUACGAACUACUUGGGGUUCACCCUUCAGUAACGACAACAUAUUUGGAGUAUGAGUGACAUAUUUAAGCUUCACAUGUGGUUAAUUCGCUUAAGUGAUCAUUUUUAGAACUAUGUGAUCUGCUCGAAAAUCCUGGGAACAGGCGAUUUCUUAAUGGUUCUUGUGUGCCUUCGUGGAAAAAGUGAUUUAAUGAUCUAAAUAAUUGAAUACGGAAUAAUUAAAAAAUUUGCAGCACUCAAUUAUUGUGCUUUUUGGGCAUGAUCGGACCUCGACAAUGCAAAACCCUAUGCAGGUAAAUAUUUUGAUCGAGAUAUUGUGUUUCAAUUGUUUCCAAUAAGUCAACGUAGUGAUGACCGCAAAACUGGGCAAAGUCAACUUGUGGAGAACCAAUUUGUCAAAACUAGAAAUUCUAUGGAAUUUAGUGAGAUCAAUCUAUAUCAAUGUAUGGUAAUAAACGCAUAUCAUGAAUGAUCUGAAUAAUUCCUGACCUUUUUACUGGCUUUCUUGAAGAAAAAAAAAUUGAACCAUUUUGAUAAAACUGUUCCACAAGCGAGUUCCUCAGCAGGCCAAAGAAUCUUAUCUGUAUUUUCUCUCUACAACCAGAUUGCGUGGGUUGGAAUACCUACUGCACCUGCCUGGCUUCCAACGGACAUGCUUAUUAAGGUAAGGUGUAAGAAGUAAGCCCUUUUUUGGUUAUUUACUUCACCUCUGGACCAGUUCAUCAUUCUUUGUGAGCACUGUGAGCCCUUUUUCUUGAUCUGGGUGUGUAUUUUUCCCUUGUGGGGCAUCGACAUUUAAUAGGCGGCCAGAAUGGUUGGGUGGGAGCUCCAUAUCGUUCCUUUUUUAGUAUUUUCAUGCCACGAAGGAGCUACCACUGUAGGAAUCAUGACCUGGCCAUCUCUUUCCAUAGGAGAACUGAUGCUACCCUUGAGGAUUCUUCACCUUGAUCAUUUCACCUUUGACCCUCUCUGGCAGCCCACUUCCACCGGCGGCGGCUGCUCUCAUAAACAACCCCCCCCCCUUGCUCGACCCCAUUUUCUAAAAGUCAACUGUGCAUCGUGAUGCUCCAUCAUCUUGGGGUAUAAUCUGGCUGAAGCUUUCCUGUUUUGGUAUGGCCCGUUGCAGUCAGAGAAGCUGAAUUAUGAAAGAAUGUGA